AUGACGUCGUCGAGUAUAACCAGCCUGAGUGCUCGUGGGGGUUUGUUGCUGACCCGAAUACCGAAUAACCCCGUUGAGGACCGUGGCAUGAACCGGCCCGCGAUCCAGGUUUCCACCUUUACCGACCUUGCCGGCCGAGAGAGCCCCGGUCGAGCUGCAGGUCGAUUGACGUUUGCCGACGCCCUCUGCAUCGACCCGCGCAGCUCAGAAUCACAGAAGCACCCCGAAGAAGCAAGAUUCGACAACAAGAACAGGCAUUUGAGGUCCAACGGUGAUUAUCUGUUGGCUGGUAACACAAGCACCGAAGCUUGGCUCCUCGAAGACGCGUUGACGGUCCGUCAAAAGAGUGCUGCCGGCCCGGAGACGAGAUUUCGGCACCUGCAUGUGGCUUGCAGCCCCCGGUCCAGUGACAAAAAGGCUUUGGCCACGAAAGUCACCAUCCCCGCUCUGGUCUUCGCACAAAACCCGAUCCACCCCAGGGCCGCGCUGCGCUCUGAGGUCACAGAAUCCUCCCAGGUUCUCUCCACCCCCAGCCCCAGCCCCCGAUUCCCCCGACACCUUUUCCGCCGCUGGUCAAGAUGCACCGCAAACCCGCAAACCGCUCACGCAACCGGGCAAGCCGGCGGCCUGUCGCGCGGCUGA